AUGAACAAUGACAUCUGUAUGUUUGGACUGACAAAAUCAGGAAAAACUUCAAUGAUAAGAGUGAUAUUCUAAAAGCUUGAAAUAUUUAGAACGAUUUAAUUAGAUCCAACAAAUAGAAUGGAAUCAGUUCCUGUUAAUUUAGGAUCUCAUAUUCAUUUUAAGAUUUAUGAAUUUUCUGGUCAUUAUGAUUUAAAUGAUUCAUAACCUCCUGAAAUAGCAGCUAUGGAAACUUGUAGUUUAAUGAUCUAUGUAAUUGAUUCAUAGGUAAAUAAAGAUGUUCUAUACACAUUCUAUAGGCUGAACCAUUUAAUGAGGCUGUCUAAUAUUUAAGAUAAGCUAUACAAACUGUUAAAUAAAGAUCUCCUCAUUGCGAAUGUCAUUGUUUUAUUCAUAAGGUGGAUCCAGACAUUGAAGAUAAUAAGAAGAAUGGUAAUACAAUUAAUAAUUACUUUAAAAGAAUUGUUGUAAUAAAUUUAAAAAGACAUCUCAGAUGAAUUAUCUAAAAAUAGUAUGAAUUAUAUUAAGGUUGACUUUCAUGUGACUUCAAUCUUUGAUCAUUCAUAUUUGGAACAUUUUAGUAAAGUAAUUUAAAGAAUAUUGCCAUAUUCUUAAUCUAUAUAAACAUUAUUAGAUUCAUUUAAUCUAUCAUGUAAAAUUGAAAAGUCCUUUUUAUUUGAAAUUUAUUCCAAAUUAUACUUGGCUAGUGAUUCCUAACAUUUUCAUAGUACUAAUUUCUAACUUUGUUCUGAAAUGAUUGAUGUAUUCAUCGAUGUUACAUGCAUAUAUGGAAAAUUAGAUGAUGCAGGUCAAAGCUAAAUUUAAUUAUCAGAUGGAUCAAUUUUAAUCUAUCAAACAGUUAAUGAGUAAUUUAAUAUUAUUAAUAUUCAUUAGAGGUAUAUCAUUGAUAAGUAUAUUGAAAUCUGAGAACUUAGAAAGACCAUUUUUAUUAGAAUACAACAUUAAUUAAUUCAGACAGGGUUUAGCAUAAUUAUUUAAAAUUAAAUGAAAC